CGUCAGUCUUUUUCUAGUGGGCGUGCUGCUUUCAGUCACCUUAGAUCACUUGCGUCUGCUUCACUGAGAAAAUUUGACGGCGAGGUCACCUGGGAGAGAGAAAAACAAUGCGCGAUCUCGAAAAUCGGAAGAAAAGCAGGUGUUGGCAUCACCCAUCAGCUGCGUCUCCGUGAGCUGUAACUUUCGACAAAGCCAUUCCUCUCUGAAUUAUGUGUUUCCCUCGUCAACAUCCUGAGCUUCUAAGUUGUCGACAAACCAUUCUUUCCGGUUUCCUUUGUAAGCAAGAUCAGCUCACCCAAUAAAGUGGCAACAAUGGCAGUCGGAAUUGUGAGAUUCGGCAAAGGGCAUUCGAGGCGUCCGUCGGGAUUAUGCCUCAAGUCCACGUUGGUGGUGUUAUUUGGUCUUUGUUUCAUUUUUGUCGUGUCCAUUUUCUUCUCUUCCUCUGUCCCGGAGCGGAGAAGUAGCUUUAGCGACAUUCCCUCUGAAAAUCCCAUCCGUUCUUCUUCUUCUUCCGUUGCUGCUGGGCUUGCCGGCAAAAACGGGGCUCUCUCCCCGAACGUUUCGCUGCCGCGUGCACCCUCUUAUUCAUCGGAAGGAACUCCGCCUGGCCAUGGUAAGGAGGACGAGAAUAAGAGUGUCCGCAAGGGCGAAACCAAGACGGGGGAACAGGAAGAUGGGAGGAGAACGGAGGGGAAAGACGGCGGUGACAUCCAUCUCACCACUUUUAACGCUUCCUCUGCGGAAAAGGAACUGCCACAUGAAGAAGAGAUCGACGAUUCCUCAGAAGCUGAACAGAUCAAACUUGCGGAAGGAGAAGAAAACCAGCAACAGCAGAAAAUGAAGAAGAAAAAGAAGAAGAAAUAUUCCGUUCCCUUGUUCGACAAUAAUGCUGAGUUCUCUUGGAAACUCUGCAAUGUUAGAACCAAAUAUAACUAUGUUCCUUGCUUCGAUAACGAGAACAGCGGAAAGAGGGGCCAGAGCUACAGACUCAGCGAAAGGAGUUGCCCUGCGAAGGCACCGACAUGCCUGGUGCCGCUCCCAGAGGGAUACCGAUACCCUAUUCGAUGGCCAGAAAGCAAAUCCAAGAUCUGGUACUCCAACGUUGCCCACCCGCUACUAGCAAAAUUCAUGAGACACAACAGAUGGUUCAGCCUCUCUGGGGAUUACCUGAUGUUUCCUAGCAAUGAAACACAUUUCAAAGGUGGGGCACUUAGCUACAUCGAAUCAAUCCAAGAGAUGGCACCAGAUAUUGACUGGGGAAAAAACAUCCGCUUGAUGUUGGACAUUGGAUGCACAGAUGCUAGCUUUGGAGUCUCCCUAUUUGAGAAGGAUGUGCUGACAUUGUCCUUGGAGCUAAAUGAUGACUUAGUGGACCUAGGCCAAGUUGCACUUGAACGCGGUGUCCCUGCAGUUGUUUCUGCCUUAGCAACCAAAAGGCUUCCAUUCCCUAGUGGUGUUUUUGAUGCUGUACAUUGUGGUAGCUGUGGUGUGCAUUGGCAUUCAAAUGGCGGAAAAUUGCUUCUUGAGAUGAACAGAAUUUUGCGCCCUGGUGGAUAUUUUCUACUGUCCACAAAGUCUGAAGAAAUUGAUCCAUCUGAAGCAAUGUCAGUAUUAAUAGCAUCUAUUUGUUGGAAUAUACUUGCUCACAAAACCGAUGAACUUAGUGAAACGGGUGUUAAGAUAUAUCAAAAACCAUCCUCAAAUGACAUAUAUGAGUUACGUAGGAAAGACAUACCUCUGUGUGAUGAAGAAGAAAAUCCUGAUGCAGCUUGGUACACACCAAUGAAAUCUUGUCUAAAUGUGCUUCCAGCUUCCAUUGAGCAACGAGGAACUGAGUGGCCUGAGGAAUGGCCCAAAAGGCUUGAAACUUUCCCUGAAUGGUUGAGUUAUUCAAGGGAAAAUUUUUUUGCUGACACAGAACACUGGAAAGCUGUUGUUAGCCAAUCAUAUCUUGAUGGAUUAGGCGUUGAUUGGUCAAGUGUGCGAGGUAUAAUGGAUAUGAAAACUAUCUAUGGAGGGUUGGCUGCAGCUUUAGGUUCAAAGGAGGUUUGGGUGAUGAAUGUGGUGCCAAUAAAUGCUCCUGACACACUAUCUAUUAUAUUUGAACGUGGUCUUGUUGGUAUCUAUCAUGACUGGUGCGAACCUUUUAGUACAUAUCCACGGUCUUAUGACCUUUUGCAUGCCGAUCAUUUGUUCUCUACUCUUAAAAACAGGUGCAGGGCUUUGGAUGUUGUUGUUGAGAUGGACCGGAUCCUAAGGCCUGGUGGUUGGGCGGUCAUCCGUGAGAAGAUUGAGAUACUGAGUCCUCUAGAAGCCAUGUUCCACUCAUUGCAUUGGGAAAUUAGAAUGACAUAUUCUCAGGACAAGGAGGGGAUCAUGUGCCUCCAAAAAAUCAUGUGGCGGCCAUAAAAUGGCGUAGAUGAAUGGCUGAAAGUAAAAAUGAUCAACUAUUUAUCAAUUUUUGGUUGCCCUGAAAGACAGGUUGGUCGUCAUAUUUGAAUGGGAAAAGCCUUCUGGAUCUUUUUUUGGGUGGUAGUUGGUCCAUCUUGAUGGCAUGGGUUCUGAAGGAGCCUUCAUUGUGGAUGCUGCACUGGGAAGUUCAACCAAAUCUUGUAGCAGUGAAGCUACCGGGGCUUGACAUUGGUGCUUCGUUUCCCGUUCUGUUAUCUCCUCCUGGCCCAUACGUCCUUGACAGUGAAGUCCUGCCGUGAUAUUACUAGAUUCCACAUACUACAUGGGAAGCAUUCAAAAGGAAUCGGGAGACUGUACUGAUGAAACCACUGGAUUCCUACCAUGAUUUUUUUUUUUUUCACUUAUUGCCAACUCCAUAGGGAUGCGGUUGCUUUCAAAGAACAAUUUGUGCAUAACGGAAAAUUGUUACUCUGUAUAGCAUCACAUUGUUUUUCUUGAACAUGAAUUAGAGGAUGUGUCAUAUUCAUUAACCUGUUAUUUUUCGCUUUUCUUUUGGGAAUUCUUCCCUCUCUGUCCCCUCAAAAGGGGAAAACCUGGUGUUAAUUUGUUUGCAGAUGAAUCUAAUAUAUUCUGUAAUACUGACAGUUUGUGAAUAAUAGAACCCCUCAUUAAGUUUACUGCGCAAAA